AUGUCGUCUGGCGUACGAACGAGGGCAUCUAGCCGCGCCAAUGCCUUUGCCGACGAGCGAUCCCGGAUCUCUGGAGCCAAUGGAAGCUUUCGAAGUGGCACAGCGGAUGCGAGAAAUGCAGAGGCGCCCCAGUUGGUAGACAGCGAAUCACAUAAGCGGCCAUCACCAAGCAAUGCAAGCCGCGUGGGCAAGGCCAGGGACGAUAGGCGCUACGAUGAGCGCAGAGUCAUCGAGCGGACCUUUGAAGCUCAUGUGGAGCGAGGCACACCGCGGACAGCCAGUCCAGCCAAGCAGGAGCAGCAACGGCGUUCGCAGCAGCAACAGCAACAACAGCAGCAACAGCAACAACAACAGCAGCAGCAGCAGCAGCAGCAGACAGACAAGAGACCGGCCGAGAUGCGCAGACAAAAGUCGUCGACGGACCUGCGGCAGAGAGAUAUUCGAGCAGAGACCCCGCCAGGUUCAUGGAACCCGGAGGCGACGUUGCUCCCGCACACAUCUGCCGCCCUUGCCUCGCGAAUUUCGAUUCCUCCGAUUGCGUUCACAAUCCCGCAAGCGCCACAGCCAAAGCCCCUGCACGAACUGACGCUGGAAGCUCAGGAGGCAGCCAUCGUCGAAGACCUGUUGUAUGUUUUCAUGGGCUACGAGGGACAGUACAUUCGAUAUGCUCGAGGUUACAGUCCCACAGAGGAGAGGGACCGACUGUCCGGGCCGCCCUUUCGUAUCCUGCCCGGCCUAGACCCCAGCCUACACGAUCUGACCAAGUCGAUGCUGAAAAUGGCAACCUACUACUCGGCCCUGGAAGCGUUCGUCGACGUGCAGAGCCGCGAAGAGUUUGGCGCCGUGAACCAUGCGUUGUGUGCGUCAGUGAGAAAGUGCUUGCAAGACUACCUAGUCAUGAUUGCCCAGCUCGAGACACAGUUUCUGACGAGCGAAUCCUUUACUGUCCAUGUUCUCAACAUUCACACUCUACCUACAUGUCAGAUGCUGUCCCAUCUCUAUUCGUUGGCACAAGAGCUCCUGAAGAAGAAUGCCCUACUAGAUGACGAAAGCGACGAGGAAGAGGAUGAUGAAGUGGACGACUACGAUAAGGUUCUUGAGAGGCUCGCUGAAGGAGGGGACUUAGUUCCUGGAAGUUCCAAGGCCCUGAAAGUCUGCAAGGGCGGAGGUGUUUUGGGUCUCUUGGCCUCAAGGCUGGAAUCGAUGGGUGGUGACCCGGCUGCUCGAUCCCUGCUGACCUCAUUACUCCGGGAUGCGAGCCGGCCGUAUAUGAAGAUGUUGAAUGAGUGGCUCCACCAUGGCAGCAUACACGACCCUCAUUCUGAAUUCAUGAUCAGGGAACAGAAGAGCAUCGGGCGAGAGAGGCUCGAAAGGGAUUAUAUCGAUGAAUAUUGGGAGAGGAGGUAUACGAUCAGGGACCAGGAUGUACCACCCCAGCUGGAAGGCGUCAAGGAGAAAGUGCUGCUGGCCGGCAAGUAUCUCAACGUCGUUCGCGAAUGUGGUGGAGUAGAUGUGAGCAAAAUCGUUACCGAACUGCCAACCUCCUUCGACGAUAAACGAUUUAUUGAGAACGUCAACAACGCCUACGCUCAUGCCAACGAGUCCCUGAUGCAGCUCCUUCUCACAACGCACGAGCUCCCACUACGACUACGUUCGCUCAAGCUCUACUUCUUCCUCGACCCAUCCGAUUCUUUCUCCUACUUCCUCGAGCUGGGUUCCUCCGAACUGAGGAAGCCGGCCAAGAAUGUCAACACGAGCAAGCUUCAGUCGCUUCUGGAUCUCGUCCUGCGCCAACCCGGAACUGUUUCCUCACUUGACCCCUUCAAGGAGGAUGUCAAGGUGGAGAUGAACGAGAUCACCCUGAUCAACAACCUCCAGCGAGUUGUAAAUAUCACGGGCAUAGAGUCGGGCCAAGUGAUGCAGCCCGUAAUUAACCAACAGCCCAUUGAACCAGACAAGAAUGCAACAGGCUUCACAUCACUGCAGCUGGACUAUUCAGUCCCCUUCCCUGUCUCGCUGGUAAUCAGCCGCAAGACAGUCUGGCGUUACCAGGCGCUUUUCCGCUUUCUGUUACAUCUACGCUACCUAGAGUCUCAGCUAUCGUCAACGUGGCAAGCACACACCCGAGCCGUGACCUGGUCUCACAAGAGUCCAAAUCAGGAGCUCGAGACGUUGAAGAGGCGUGCCUGGACCUUGCGAGGGAGAAUGCUCGUAUAUGUGCAGCAGGUGCUGUAUUUCUGCACCUCUGAGGUCAUCGAGCCAAACUGGACAAAGUUUAUGUCUCGGCUGAAAGCCAAGGACGAGACGUCGGAUAGAAAAUCCAGCUUCAACCGGACUGUGGACGAGCUGAUGCAGGACCAUGUAGACUUUCUGGACACGUGCCUGAAGGAAUGCAUGUUGACGAACAGCAAGCUGUUGAAGGUCAACUCGAAGCUUAUGCAAACCUGCGCCAUCUUCUCCCAGUACACCGGGUUCCUCACUCGCGAGCUCGAAAAGAUUGAUCCCGACCUCUCGAGCGGCACCAAACCCGACAACAUGACGAAUGAUCAAUGGCAGCGAUUCCAAUCCGCCAAAGCGGCCCCCUCCCGUUCGACAUCAACGCAGCAGGACACGUUGAGCCAGGAGGACGCCGAGGCUCGCGUGACGCACCUCUCGGACUUCGUCCGCAAGUGGGAGAGCAACUUUGGUCGCCACAUGAAGAUCCUCUCGGACUCGCUGAAUCACUACGCCGCAACCGAGACGGUCGUUCUGCUGAGUCUCUGCGCCAGGCUGAGCUCAGUGAACCAGGGCACUGAGUGGGCUGCCAUUGGGAUAGAGGAUGAUGACCAGCCGUAAACAGGUCCAAUCCAGAAAUGGAGACUAAUGACGGAGGGGUUCGGGCUACAGGCCCUUUCACGACAGCUUUCGGAACCUUUGAGUGUUUGCUUAAUGAUGGUUGAUCUUUUGGUGUAAUGGCGUUGGACAUGUCAAGAGUCUGGAAAGCAGAAGUGGGUAUAUCUUGAACUCAUCACGCCAAAGGGGGUCUUCAGUAUCGGCAUCCGCUAGGUUGUACUCAUACAGUAGAUUGUCAUGGACAGAUAAGCUUGGUGAAGAGGGGAAACGGUCACGGAAAGGGCGGAGACUACCAUUCCCCGCAAGCAAGCAGACGUUCAUGUUUUUCAGAGCGAAAUAUAGAUCAAUCGGUAUAU